AUGGAGGACAGCGAUAAGAAGGAUGAAAUCGCACAGGAGCACAUUGGAGAAGUGCGAAAUAUCACGGUGAAUCUCUCCUCACCAAACAAGAAGUCGAUAAACUUGGCAGCCAGGGAAUUCUACGAAUACGUCAAGGAGCUCAAAGAAAACAUUGAUAUGCCUGAGAUUGUGCCAACAGCAGAGGCUGUGUUUACAACCAGAAAGAGCCCAUGUGGAAAUGGAACAGCCACAUACACGAGACAUACGAUGCGUGUGUAUCAGAGAAAGUUUAUUGUAUCACUCCACGAUUCAAACAUCACCAAAGUGACUGAUUUCCUGAAGAGCGUGCCAGCAAGGGCACAGUUGAUGAUAAAUCAAUAA